CCAUGAGAACCCUGUUUCUGGUGCACAUAUUAGAAGCCUGGUGAAACAACUGUCUUCUUCUUCUUCUCCGCCGCCGCCGCCGCCAGCACCGCGUAAGAAACAAGCCCGGAGGAGGCUGCACACCACCAGACCGUAUCAAGAACGGCUCCUGAACAUGGCGGAGGCGAGGCGGGAGAUCGUGACCGCCCUGAAGUUCCACAGAGCGGCCAAGAAACAACACAGGCAACAAGAACAAGAACAAGAACAACCUCGGAGGGCGGAGGAGGAGGAGGACAGGCUUGUUCUUCCAUUGCCACCACCCCGACCGCGGCGGCCAUCAGAGCAAGAACCAAGCCUCUGUUCUUCAUGGGUGGUGAAUGGCUUUUCCGAUAUCGCCCCCGCGGGUUUCCGCUCGCCCUGCCUCUUCUUCCCUCCUCCUCCUCCGCCGCCUCCACCGCCGCUCUUCCAAGAAAGCCUCGACUUUCCACUCCCAAACCAGACCUUGGGAUUGAACCUGAACUUCCAAGGCUUUGACCAUUUGGACGCAUCUCCAUAUCUACCCAGCUGCAACAACCCAUCAUCAAUUCAUCAGUCGUCUUCGUCGUCCAAUAAUUACUGCUCCGUUUCUUCGGGGCUGCAUCGCUAUCCAUCUCUGGACGAGAGGGAGAUAUCAGAGAUGAAGUCAAUGGGGGAGAAGCACCAGAUGGAGUGGAAUGACAGCAUGAAUCUGGAGACUUCGGCUCUGUGGCUGGAGUUCUUGGAAACCAUGGGGGAGGAGAAGAAAGGCGGCGAAGAAGAUGGUUAUUAUGGAUGCUAUCACCCAUUUGAUGAAGCCAUGGAAUUCCCGGGUUGGUUGAAUGGAGGAGACGAUGAGAGCUGCUUGGAACACGACUUGAAUGUCAAUUUCUCUGAUGAUUUUUGCUUCCAGAAUCCUGCGGCCUUGCCAUGCAUUGAGGAAAUUCAAGGGAAUGAGGUGGAGUGGCUAACAGGAGAGGAUUGAGUUGAUUAUUCUCAUAGUCAUUUCACAAUCAAUAUUUUCACACCAAAUUUUGUUUGUAGGCUCUUUUGUUUUGAGUUUUUAUAUGUUUUGGCCUCUUUAGUUUUCAAAUUUUGCACCUCAACUUAAUAAGGGCUUUGGUGAAAU